GCCCCACCUUCCCCCCAUCUCCCACCAGGCAAAUGGCCCAAACAGGCCAACCAACAGGAACCAGGAAGAGAGACAUGGUAGACAAGCAGGAAACCAGACCAAUGGGAGAAACUGGAUUUGAUUGUCACUUUAAUCUUGGCUGACCAAGGCAUGCACUGUAAAAUAGGAUGAUAUUCAAGGCUGGGUUCUUUAACCACAUUUAUUGUCACUUGCUUGAGUGUCUCCCUCGCCCCUUUCUCUUUAAUAUAUAAAAAAGUAACAGGUUUGGACAUUUUUACAAUCAGGAUUCAGGGUGGGUGGGGUAAACCAUAAAUAUACACCAUCAGACCGAGGGAGGCUGGUUGGCAGAACAGCAAAGUCAAGGAAAUUUUUCAGCAAGCUUGAAAAUGCAAGGAAUGCCUCAUCUUUUUUGAAGCACAGAGUCACAACUUGAACUGGAAAAAAACCCCACCACCUCUUCCUCCCUUUGCCCCCAAUGCCUUCGCCCCCACCCCAAUUUAACUAAAACCCCAUCCCUGCCAAGGAAAUGACUGUGAGAGCACCACAGUAAAUUGUGCUGAAAUUAACACAAACCAACAGUUGGAUUCUCAAGCUGCGUAUUUUUUUGCAGUAUAUGCAAUUUUUAUGGGUUCAAAUUCCAGCACAUAUUUUUCUUUAAAAAGCUCCAAUCCCUAGGGUUAACAAUCAUUUAAAACUCUCACCUGUCUACCCGCCCACCCAAUUCUGAAUGGAGCAAGGGUUAGAGGAAAGUCUGGAAGCCUUUGGUCUACAACUCCCAUUACCCACCACCACCAUGUAACCCCAAGCCGGCUACAGGGGCAGAUGGGAAUUGUGGACUGAUAACCUCUAGCGGGCCAGACUACAACUGGUGGGGCGUCCCUGGCUCUAUCCACUUACUCAUGAACCAAGACACAGGGGCAAAGGCUCACCUAACCCUUCGCUCCCCAAUGUGAAGUGCAAUUAGGUGACUAAUAGUAUCAUUCUGAAGCUGCCAGGGUAUGAAAGCUGCAGAUUCUGGUGAGGGCCAGAACCCCUCCAAAGGCGGUAGAAAUGUAAGGACCUUCUUAGGCCCACCUCAGCUGCAAGACUGAGGGCAAAUACAAAACAUCCAAUAUUUUCUCAGGGGGGGGAGUCCUUCACCAAACUCUUCUCACUCCAACCCCAGACCUCCUGAUGUCACUGGCAACUUGCACAGGAGGUUCACCCACGCAUGCCCAUCUGUGGCAAGUUGAAAUGAAAGACACACACAAGGGUAUAAACGGCAACAUAUUGCCUGCUGCAAAACACCCUUUAAAUUAAUAAAACAAAAUAAAGGAAGAUGAGCUGCACAGUAUUACACUGGAAGAUUCUGCAGAGAAGGUUGGGGCCAGGUGAGUAGUCUGCUUUUGCCCAGUGGAUUUCCUCCUCCCAAUUUUAUUCACAGGACAAGGAAAGAGAAAGAAGCCUCUGCCUCAAUAGAUAUCAAAGCCAUUGGCUACAGUUAACAAACUGAAAAGCAAAAGUCAUUCCCAAAUCCUGGGCAGGCAAGUCAGGAGUCCACGUCUUGAGCCCAACUUUCAACAAAUUGCUUUCAAGAUUAUUUGGCAUCAAGAAAAAAAACCUGCUCUGUUUAGGCCCCCUUAUAUUAUAUUAAAAAAGAGAGAACGUGAGCUGGUUUGGAUUUAACAAUCCUAAUUUGCUAAACCAGCAGUUCAUCAUAGUUUCUUUAAACUAGGCUUGGGGAAUUUUUGGCCCUGUAGAUGUUGCUGAACUACAGUUCCCCUCAUCCCUGGCCACGCUUGCUGGAGCUGAUGAGAACUGUCUUCAGCAACAUCAGGAGACCCCAAAGCUCCCCAUGCCUGCUUCAAAACCCAAAGCUUCCUGAUGACUCCAAAAUGUUGUGGUUUAAUCCUUGGGCUCCAAAUUUGAUGUAAAAAACCAGGAUUAAAUCCUGGCCACAGUAAUAUUCCAGCUGCAACAAGAAACUCUGGCCUAAAAUAACCAUGAUGGAAGGGUCAAAGGCACAGGAGUGAGCAAGUGGGCACAACACUCAUUGCCGGGCUAGUAAAGUUUUAUUAAACCAGGAUCAUUAUCUCUGAGCUGGCCCCCAUAUCAGCCGCAGCUCCUGUGAAGGUGACCUGUAGCCAAGGAGAUGCUUGCUUGUUGCUCAGACCAAGAACCCAGUGUGACCUGGAAGCUGUUUUAUGUAAGGUGAAGACGCUGGCCUGAGGUGGUUGAUUUCAGGUGCCACAGUGGGUUAGCAGAAUGAGAUGGACAGAUAUGACUCAUUUGGGGAUGAGAAAAUCCAUUGGGAAGUUCUUCUGCAGAAACAUCAAUGAAAUAAAUGGAAGAUGCGAAAGAGUGUUCUGAUGCAGGUCUCUCCAACCUACUUAAUUUGAGGCAGCUUUUCAACUGUUUUGCUCCAACUGGAUGGUGCAACAGCUCCUCAUAGAUGUGCCCUCCCACCCCAAGUUCUCACUUUGGUUUUAGACACCACCCCCAUCUCAGCCUGAUGCUUCCAGACAGCCAAGUAUUUUGUUUGCUUUGUUUUCCUUUACGCGUUGCUUAGCACUUUGAAGUUUCUUCUUAAAAACCCCAUGGGCCACUCAGUCAUGCAUCCUUAGAAAAAGGAAAGGAAACUGAUGAUGUUGCCUAGAGGUUCGUAUUUACAGACGGUCUCAUUUUCUACAUGUUUACUGCAUUAACAGCUAGUACCAUCGCUACAAUAAGGGCCCCCAUAGCGAGUACAAGGGGGUGGAUGUCACAGAACCUCAACAAUUCCAGAUUUCCUGAGUCAAAUAAGAGUAAAGAGAUUCCAGGUGAAUUUGGGGAAGAUCCAGGUGAAUUUGGAGAAGAUCUAGGUGAGUUUGGGGAAGAUCCAGGUGAAUUUGGAGAAGAUCCAGGUGAGUUUGGAGAAGAUCUAGGUGAGUCUGGAGAAGAUCCAGGUGAAUUUGGAGAAGAUCCAGGUGAAUUUGGAGAAGAUCCAGGUGAGUUUGGGGAAGAUCCAGGUGAAUUUGGAGAAGAUCUAGGUGAGUUUGGGGAAGAUCCAGGUGAAUUUGGAGAAGAUCCAGGUGAGUUUGGAGAAGAUCUAGGUGAGUCUGGAGAAGAUCCAGGUGAAUUUGGGGAAGAUCCAGGUGAAUUUGGAGAAGAUCCAGGUGAGUUUGGGGAAGAUCCAGGUGAAUUUGGAGAAGAUCUAGGUGAGUUUGGGGAAGAUCCAGGUGAAUUUGGAGAAGAUCCAGGUGAGUUUGGGGAAGAUCCAGGUGAAUUUGGAGAAGAUCUAGGUGAAUUUGGAGAAGAUCCAGGUGAAUUUGGAGAAGAUCCAGGUGAAUCUGGAGAAGAUCCAGGUGAAUUUGGAGAAGAUCCAGGUGAGUUUGGGGAAGAUCCAGGUGAAUUUGGAGAAGAUCUAGGUGAGUUUGGGGAAGAUCCAGGUGAAUUUGGAGAAGAUCCAGGUGAGUUUGGGGAAGAUCCAGGUGAAUUUGGAGAAGAUCUAGGUGAAUUUGGAGAAGAUCCAGGUGAGUUUGGGGAAGAUCCAGGUGAAUUUGGAGAAGAUCCAGGUGAGUUUGGAGAAGAUCCAGGUGAGUUUGGGGAAGAUCCAGGUGAAUUUGGAGAAGAUCUAGGUGAAUUUGGAGAAGAUCCAGGUGAGUUUGGGGAAGAUCCAGGUGAAUUUGGAGAAGAUCCAGGUGAGUUUGGGGAAGAUCCAGGUGAAUUUGGAGAAGAUCUAGGUGAAUUUGGAGAAGAUCCAGGUGAGUUUGGGGAAGAUCUAGGUGAAUUUGGAGAAGAUCCAGGUGAGUUUGGGGAAGAUCCAGGUGAAUUUGGAGAAGAUCCAGGUGAGUUUGGGGAAGAUCCAGGUGAAUUUGGAGAAGAUCUAGGUGAAUUUGGAGAAGAUCUAGGUGAAUUUGGAGAAGAUCCGGGUGAAUUUGGAGAAGAUCCAGGUGAAUUUGGGGAAGAUCCAGGUGAGUUUGGAGAAGAUCCGGGUGAAUUUGGAGAAGAUCCAGGUGAGUUUGGGGAAGAUCCAGGUGAAUUUGGAGAAGAUCCAGGUGAAUUUGGGGAAGCAGUGACAGUGGUGGACAUACUGCCCAGAGGGCAGCUGCCCAUCUUGUUCCUUUUCCACAUUGGUGAUGGGGGCCAUUUGAUUGAUUAAAUAUCCCUGUAAACAUGUAAGACUUUGCAAGGGCAGAAUGUUACUUCAGUCUUUUUUCCUUUUUUCUUUUCCUCCCAGUGUCUGUGGGUGGGGAAGUAUUGUGAAAAAUGGUUCUCCUCGGUUAUGACCUUGAUGGCAACUCAUUUUUCAUCCCUCACACAUGCUAAAUGCCCAUUGGGCGAGACCAUGGGCACGUCAAUACAUGGCUCAACGCAAGAUGCAGCAACUUUGCUUCUCUCUCGUCGUGUUGCAGUGCGAGGAGCGCAAGAAAAAAAA